AACUUGACCCCUCCUUUCGAUUCGAUUCUUCCUCUCCUCUAUCCCCAUGUUCGCCAAUCGCGCCUUUUCUUUUCUUCCUACCACUUCCUCCCUCAGGGCCCUCACCCCACGCCUCUCUAUCUUUCCAGCUACCAAUCGAACAAUCGCAACCAUGGCGACGGAAACUUCCAAGUAUAAGCUUAACCGUUAGUCGCUGUGUAUCCCCCGGGUGAUGACUGUUGUUCUGACAAUGGCUCGACAUCAGACACCAUGCUCCGGGUCAAGGACCCAAAGAAGUCCGUGGAAUUCUACAAGUUCCUGGGCCUCAGCCAGAUCCAGCAGCUCGACUUCCCCGAAAACAAGUUCUCCCUUUACUUCCUCGCGUACAAUGGCGCCCAAUCGCUGCAGGGCGACCGUCACUGGACAGACCGCAACGGCGUCUUGGAACUGACGCAUAACUACGGAACGGAGAAUGACCCCAACUACAGCGUGGCCAAUGGCAACACCGAGCCCCACCGUGGCUUUGGGCACAUUGCCGUCUCGGUCGAUAACAUCGAGGUCGCGUGCAAGAGGCUCGAGGACGCCGGCUACCCAUUCCAGAAGAAACUGACCGACGGUCGGAUGAAGAACAUUGCAUUUGCCAAGGACCCCGAUGGAUACUGGGUCGAGAUCAUCCGUCGCCACGACCAGGACGUCGGGACGGCGACCGACCCCAGCAGCUACCGGCUCAAUCACACGAUGCUCCGCGUCAAGUCCGCCGAGACCAGCCUGAAGUUCUACCAGGAGGUCAUGGGCAUGACGCUCCUGCGCACCAGCGAGAAUAAGGAUGCCGCUUUCAACCUCUACUUCCUGGGAUACCCCAACUCCAACCCCAAGCAGCAGGAGGGUGUCAGGAAUCCGGUCGCGGAGUGGGAAGGCCUCCUCGAACUGACCUGGAACUACGGUACGGAGAAGCAGGAGGGGAAGGUGUACCAUGACGGGAACAGCGAGCCGCAAGGCUUCGGACAUAUCUGUGUCUCGGUCGAUGAUCUCAACGCCGCCUGCGAGCGCUUCGAGUCGCAGAAUGUCAACUGGAAGAAGCGCCUGACCGACGGGCGCAUGAAGAACGUGGCGUUCGUGCUCGACCCCGAUGGAUACUGGAUUGAGGUGAUCCAGAACGAGACCCUGAAGCGCAGCAGUAACUGGUAAACGGGCUCCAAUAAUGCGUGUAGAUAGUUGUAGUUUCAUAGUAGCCCGACAGAUCUGUCAGAAUGUGGUCCACAUAAUUGUGUAAUAACAGUCGCUGUCUAUCCUUGACUGCACCAUCUACAAUGUGGUGGAUCGUACGAUCGGGGUUAACUUACUCCAAGGUAGUUCGUGUUCAUAGGAAGAUCGACGAAAAUAAAUAUCCCGGACGUGCAGCCACACGUGCAUCAA